GCCGGAGCCGCGGGAGCCCCCGGAGUGGUCCCCCGCCGCCUCUAAGUGCCGCCUUCCGCCUGGGCUACCGCCGGCGCCGCCGCCGAGGGAGCUGCCGCAGCCGGGUCGGGGAGGAGGCGGCGCGGCAUGAAGCGGCGCAGGCCCGCACCCUGACGCGCGUCGGGACGGUCCGGGCGGGGCCGGGGGAAGGAUUGGAUGUGAGAAAAGGCAAGACUCCUGUGAGAAGAGAGCAGAAUGAGCAGCGGGAUCUAUGCUUGAAGUUGAGUCUCUUGGAAAAGAUCUCUUUGAAUGUGGAAGAGGUCUGAGCAGAUGAAAAUACAAUCGGGAAAAUGCAACAUGGCAGCAGCAAUGGAAACAGAACAGCUGGGUGUUGAGAUCUUUGAAACUGCAGAGUGUGAGGAGAAUAUUGAAUCAGGGGAUCAGCCUAAAUUGGAGCCGUUUUAUGUGGAGCGGUAUUCCUGGAGUCAGCUUAAAAAGCUGCUUGCUGAUACCAGAAAAUAUCAUGGCUACAUGAUGGCUAAGGCACCACAUGAUUUUAUGUUUGUAAAGAGGAAUGAUCCAGAUGGGCCUCAUUCAGACAGGAUCUAUUACCUUGCUAUGUCUGGUGAGAACAGAGAAAAUACACUGUUUUAUUCUGAAAUUCCCAAAAACAUCAACAAAGCUGCAAUCUUAAUGUUGUCUUGGAAGCCUCUUUUGGAUCUUUUUCAGGCAACACUGGACUAUGGAAUGUAUUCUCGAGAAGAAGAACUAUUAAGAGAAAGAAAACGCAUUGGAACAGUUGGAAUUGCUUCUUAUGAUUAUCACCAAGGAAGUGGAACAUUUCUCUUUCAAGCUGGUAGUGGAAUAUAUCACGUAAAAGAUGGAGGGCCACAAGGAUUUACUCAACAACCCUUACGGCCCAAUUUAGUGGAGACUAGUUGUCCCAACAUUAGGAUGGAUCCAAAAUUAUGCCCAGCUGAUCCAGACUGGAUUGCAUUUAUACAUAGCAAUGAUAUUUGGAUAUCCAACAUUGUAACCAGAGAAGAAAGGAGGCUAACCUAUGUGCACAAUGAGCUAGCCAACAUGGAAGAGGAUCCCAGAUCAGCUGGAGUUGCUACCUUUGUUCUUCAAGAAGAAUUUGAUAGAUAUUCUGGCUAUUGGUGGUGUCCAGAAGCUGAAACAACUCCCAGUGGCAGCAAAAUUCUUAGAAUUUUGUAUGAAGAAAAUGAUGAAUCUGAGGUGGAAAUUAUUCAUGUUACAUCCCCUAUGUUGGAAACAAGAAGGGCAGAUUCAUUUCGUUAUCCUAAAACAGGCACAGCAAAUCCAAAAGUCACUUUUAAGAUGUCAGAAAUAAUGAUUGAUACUGAAGGAAGGAUUAUAGAUGUCAUAGAUAAGGAACUAAUUCAGCCUUUUGAGAUUCUGUUUGAAGGAGUUGAAUACAUUGCCAGAGCUGGAUGGACUCCAGAGGGAAAAUAUGCUUGGUCCAUCCUGCUAGAUCGCUCCCAGACUCGCCUACAGAUAGUAUUGAUCUCACCUGAAUUAUUUAUCCCAGUUGAAGAUGAUGCCAUGGAAAGACAGAGACUCAUUGAGUCAGUGCCUGAUUCUGUGACACCACUGAUUAUCUAUGAAGAAACAACAGACAUCUGGAUAAAUAUCCAUGACAUCUUUCAUGUUUUUCCCCAAAGUCAUGAAGAUGAAAUUGAAUUUAUUUUUGCCUCUGAAUGCAAAACAGGUUUUCGUCAUUUAUAUAAAAUUACAUCCAUUUUAAAGGAGAGCAAAUAUAAACGAUCCAGUGGUGGGCUACCUGCCCCAAGUGAUUUCAAGUGUCCUGUCAAAGAGGAAAUAGCAAUUACCAGUGGUGAAUGGGAAGUUCUUGGCCGGCAUGGAUCUAAUAUCCAGGUUGAUGAAGUCAGAAAGCUGGUAUAUUUUGAAGGCACCAAAGAUUCUCCUUUAGAACAUCACCUGUACGUGGUCAGUUAUGUAAAUCCUGGAGAAGUGACAAGGCUGACCGACCGUGGCUAUUCCCACUCUUGCUGCAUCAGCCGGCAUUGUGACUUCUUUAUAAGUAAGUACAGUAACCAGAAGAAUCCACACUCUGUGUCCCUUUACAAGCUGUCAAGUCCUGAAGAUGACUCAACUUGUAAAACAAAGGAAUUUUGGGCCACCAUUUUGGAUUCAGCAGGUCCUCUUCCUGACUAUACCCCUCCGGAAAUUUUCUCUUUUGAAAGUACUACUGGAUUUACAUUGUAUGGAAUGCUUUACAAACCUCAUGAUUUACAACCUGGAAAGAAAUACCCCACUGUGCUGUUCAUAUAUGGUGGUCCUCAGGUGCAGUUGGUGAAUAAUCGGUUUAAAGGAGUCAAGUAUUUCCGUUUGAAUACUCUAGCCUCCCUGGGUUAUGUGGUUGUAGUGAUAGACAACAGGGGAUCCUGUCACCGAGGGCUUAAAUUUGAAGGCGCCUUUAAAUAUAAAAUGGGACAAAUAGAAAUUGAUGACCAGGUAGAAGGACUCCAAUAUCUAGCUUCUCGAUAUGAUUUCAUUGAUUUAGAUCGUGUGGGCAUCCAUGGCUGGUCCUAUGGAGGAUACCUCUCCCUGAUGGCAUUAAUCCAGAGAUCAGAUAUCUUCAGGGUUGCUAUUGCUGGAGCCCCAGUCACUCUGUGGAUCUUCUAUGAUACAGGCUACACAGAACGUUACAUGGGUCACCCUGACCAGAAUGAACAGGGCUAUUACUUAGGAUCUGUGGCCAUGCAAGCAGAAAAGUUCCCCUCUGAACCAAAUCGUUUACUGCUCUUACAUGGAUUCUUGGAUGAGAAUGUCCAUUUUGCACACACCAGUAUAUUAUUGAGUUUUUUAGUGAGGGCUGGAAAACCAUAUGAUUUACAGAUCUAUCCUCAGGAGAGACACAGCAUAAGAGUUCCUGAAUCUGGAGAACAUUAUGAACUGCAUCUUUUGCACUACCUUCAAGAAAACCUUGGAUCACGUAUUGCUGCUCUGAAAGUGAUAUAAUUUUGACCUGUGUAGAACUCUGGUAUACACUGGCUGUUUAACCAAAUGCGGGGGUUUAAUCAAUAGAAAGUAUAGAAUUGAUCAUCACAUUUUGAUACCUGCCACAUAACAUUUAUUUCUGAAAGUAUAUUUGGUGCCAUGCAGGCAUCUAUAGUUCAUGGAUAGUAAUCUGAUACUUUUAACCAUACACACAGAAAAUUGAAUGACACGUAUUUCUAAGGGACCCAGCAAUACCUUGAGAAUUACUAAAAGAAAUAAGACAUUAGCACUAUGUAUCCAUAUUACCUUUUUUUUUUUCCACUUUUAAUAGCAUUAUAAACCUCAUGGACUUAAUUAGUGUAUUUUUACAGUAUACUUCUGAGUUUGUAAAAUAUGAUGAUAUUAGUGAUUGGUUGGUUCAAUUCCAGAAUCUCUGACUAGUUACAGAUUUGAUAGCACUUAAAUGUAAUUGAAUAGCUUAAGCUUCAUCACUUGGGGUGUAUCCAGCAUGUUAUGAACUAAUCACUAUUAAAUCUAUGACUUAACCAGUCAUUAAUGAUUUUUCAAGGAAAACUUAGUGGCCUCCUAAAGACAUAUUUUGUUUCAUUCAUGCUCUGACCGGUUUUUAGCCAAUUUUAACUGUACCUAGUAUAAAUAGUUCUCUUUGAUGAAAUGGCAGAGUGAGUUUUUCCUUUUCCUAUAUGUAGCAUGUAUUUAAUUAGUCUUAUAAUAUUGAUAAUUAUAGGCAAAAAAUUUUUAAUCAAAUGAUUAGAGCUUAAAUAUUUACUGGCAAUUUAUUUUCCUUUAGGAAAAGGAAAAAGUACACAUUCACUUGUAUUCAGAAAAUGUAGUGGUGCCAGUUUCCAUUGGGUAUUUCCUUAUUAAAAUGUUCCAGGGUUUUAGAGAGAAGGAAAGGAACCUCAGUAGGGUGGGGAGACUAGGGUGUGGAGAAUGACAGGGAAAGGAGAAGGCGAGGAGGGUCUGCUCAAGGACUAAGAAGUAUAAUUUGACCAACAGUCCUCAUGAAAAAGUCUGGAAAGUAAAAUUUAAACUCCUAGAAUGUUAAGGAAACCAGAAUUUAAAAAUUACUCUCUUUUUAUAUUUAUAGACUAUAAUGUUAUUCAGGAGAGGAAAAGUUCCUUAAGAGUUACUUUUAUAAUUCUAAUUUUUUGUUAUUUCCUUUUAGUUUAGAAACCUUACAAAUUUAAAUGAUCUUGAUCCUCUUUUAAUUAUUUGAGCAAAAUUUAGAUAUUGUGAACUUAAAGGUUUCCAGAACAACCUCUUUACCAUAAACUGAUCCCCAACAAGCCAUGUCUCUUUUUCAGUGUUCAAAGCCUAGAGCAGUUUCUUGAAUGGCCAUGGCAUUUCCUAGGUUAGCUGGCUGUCACAGAGCUCGUAGGCUUUCAGGUGCUGAUUGGGAUCUGUCCCCUAGAGUCUUGGGGUGCAGAUGGGUUACAUUGGAGCCAGUAAUGGAGAAGGCACCCGAGUUUGACCCUGUUUAUCACAGACCUCAGUGUUUGGAAAGUUGCUACAAGUAUUUUGAAACAAUGCUCUAAGGAAAUUGGUUUGUUUUUUUCACUCUCUCUCUCACCACUACACAGAGGAGAUUUCUCCCAUAGAGAGCACGGCCUCCAUUAGUAAGAAUGGUGACUGUGCAUCAGAGGUGGGCUUGAUCAGUGAGGGCCAGGUGGGAAGUGGGGGAGUCCAGAAGGCAGGGUGACCUGGUGGUUCUGUCCACGGGAAGGGGAAGGUUUUGCUGUUUGUGUAUUUAUACUGUAUAAUAGGUGCCACAAUUUCCCCUUUUGUCUGUAUAUGUAUUGACUUUCUUGUUUAUGAUGUUUUCCCAUGCGAAGAUUUGUUUAUAUUUUUUCAAUGUUAAAUUAAAUUGAUUUGGGUAACUUCUCUUCCCCAAGAAAGUAUUUUCCCACAAGACUUAAGUAUAUAUCUGAUGGUUGAAAGUGGUUUUGUUUGUGAACUAGUUGGCAUCUAAGGAUCUAUCCUUAUAUAAAUGUAGAAAUGGUAUGGACAGUGGCUUUUAGAACCUAUCCAUUUGAAGCCUCUUACCCAUUAAGACUCUUUUUUCAAAAUAGCAUCUCUUAUUUUACCAAAACAAACCUUUAAAAACCGCAUGCACUCUUGAUUUCACAGGUUUUCCUUUUGCAUCUUGCCUUCUCUUUUCCUUCUAUCACAAGGAGUGCUUCUGUUAUAAUUCCCAGUCACUUAAAUGCCAAUCUCCUUCUAUAGAGGGAAAAUACCUGACUGAAGUCACUUGCAGAAAGAGAGCUUGACUAAAUUUGUUUUAAACUGAUGUGAAAAACAUCAUAGUCAAUUCAAGCAAUCAGUAGAAAUAUAACUAAAACUAUUGGUCCCCUAUUCAGAGGUAACAACUUAAAAGGCAGGAGUAUAUAAAAGCAGCAGUUUUGAUGAGAUCCAAAAAGCACGAGGUUAAACAUCAAAUGGGGUUUUUGUAGGCUUGAUAAAGGGGUGCACCUGAUCAACCAUUGGCAGGUAUAGUUGCCUAUGCAUUGUUAAGCUAGUGGGUCUCAAAAUCUAAAAUUAAUCUGGGACACUUAACUAAAAGAAAUGGAGGCUUGAACCCUACUCUUAGAGAUUUGGAUUUGGUUUAUUUGGGCGGAGACCAGGAAUCUAUAUUUCUAAGGAGCUUUCCUGGUGGUUCUAGAGCAAGCCAUUGGUGGGCUGCUUUAAGAAACUGUUCUGUAGAUAAGGAAGUUGGAUUAAGAAAAUAAUGGUUAAUUUUUACACUGGACUGAUUUACAAGAACCUAAAAUAAUAGUCAAAACAGCUGCUCACCUGUGCUAACUAUCGGUCCCUUCUCACUAAAAGAAGCAGAAGGUAUCAUCAACUGUAUCCCCUCUGUCUGGAGAGUCCUUUUGGAAUGAAGGUUUUCCCUCUAUGCUGUUCCUGGCUGGUUUCCAAAGCCUCAUACAAGAGGAUGAAGUCACGGUGCAUGCGUUACUUUUUAAAAGAAUGAGAUAUAGAUAAUGAUGCUUACUUUUUUUACUACUUGUUUUAUUCCUCACGGAAGGUGUAGCCUACCUCUCUAACAUCUUUCUCUCUUUAGGUGGAAUGAUUCCUAUAAGAUCUCUUCUUAUUAUAGAAUCAUACAUUUUCAAGCUAUUACAUCUUUGAUAUAAUCUAAUAUUCUUUGUUAGAGGAGAAACCGACAUAUAUAAAGAGAAGAAUAUAUACCCAUGGCCAGUUAGUGCUCAGUUGGUACUAGACUCCAUCCAGAUGUCCUGACUCAUGGUAGUUAAAUAUGUAGAAAAGGCAAAUUUUUAAAGAAGUAUUUAUUAAUAUAUUCCUAUGAAACAUUUUAAAGAUAACAUAAAAUGGUUAAUUUUUCCAUUCUAAAGUAAAUGCUAAGCAUGCUUAUUAAUGAAGCUGUACUUCUCAUUAGUAUAUGACAUUCUGAAGUUAAUUAAAAUUGCUAUACUAAAUGUGUCUUCCUUGGUGUAGUGGGGGGUUUGGGGAUUGGGAUAUAGAGUGCUUGCUUAAGCCUAGGAGCCCAACUUAGAGCUAUUUGAAGUAAGAGACAUGGCCCUAUGUACACUAAGAUGUGUGAGUGUCCAUUCCUGGCAGACAUAAAGGAAUAAGGAAACUUAACUUCCACUUUCCAGCCCUCCCGGCCUCACUGAUCAUCCUGCAGCCUAAAAUACGGAGACAUGUCAGUGCAAGGUGCUGGCUCCUGCUUGCUUGUCAAGCGCCAGCUCUAGGUAAUCAUUUCAGAAGUCCCUUACAGACAGAGAAAAAGUAGUGUUCAUGUGUUUGUUUUUAAAUAACCCAAAUACAAAUUUUGUUUGUAUUCAGCACAAUUGGAGUUCAGGUCUUUAAUUUUAGAACAUAAAGUGCCUGCUGUUUUAAGCAUUGACUUGUACAAAAAGAAUUGCAUGUCUCACACCAGUAAGUUUAUGGGUUUUCUCAUUUUCAGCUACAUAGCUUUUAAUCAUGUAAAGCAAAACAUUAGUUUUGUCGCAUUUUAUUACAGGUUCUUUGUUGCAAUAAAGAUGCUGCUAAAAUUAA